AACCAAAGCAUUUCAUCAUCUUCCUUGUUGCUUAAGCUAUGGCUUCUCUCUUUAACCAAGUCCCUUCUAUAUCCACAGUUUUCGCCCUCUACACAUCUUUAUCUGCAACCACUUUGAUCCUCCGUAAAAUCCUCAACGAUAUUGUGCCUAAACCAUUACGAGAUUACAUCACUAAGAAAUUUGCAGAAUUGUUCUCUUCUCACUUCCAGUCGAAUUUCACGUUUGUGAUUGACAAAACAUGGGACUUUUGUGAAAAUCAGACUUUCCGUGCGGCCGAAGUUUACUUAAAAUCGCGCGUCGCGGGACUCUCCACUAGAGAACUCCCUGUGGGUUCGAGUGAUCUCAAGAAUCCGGACGCUGAGAUAAAUUUUGGAGUCCCUGUCAACACAAAGAUCUUUGAUGAGUUUGAAGGGAUUCAUCUUGAGUGGAUUAUGCACAAUGUUGAGUCGAACAAUCAUAAGUACUUUCGUCUGACUUGUAAGAAGGAGUUUCGUGAGAAGAUAAUGAAAGAUUACUUCCCUCACUUUGCGAAAUCAGCAGCGAAGAUCAUGAGACAACGCGAAAAUCUCUACAUCUACACUUACAACCAAAUGCGGUCAGCAUGGGAACCAGCUAUUUUCAAGCACCACACGACCUUCGAAACCUUAGCUAUGGAGCCGAAACUUAAGACGACCAUAAUCGAAGAUCUUGAUGCUUUUGCUAAAGGAAAAGACUUCUUCAAGGGCGUUGGACGCGCUUGGAAACGUGGAUAUCUUCUUUACGGUCCACCGGGAACAGGGAAAUCCUCUAUGGUGGCUGCAAUAGCUAAUCACAUGAACUACAAUAUCUAUGAUCUACAGAUUCAGAGUGUUAGAGAUGAUGGUGAGCUGCGGAAGAUUCUUACUGCUACCAAGAACAAGUCAAUUCUUCUCAUUGAAGACAUUGAUUGUGGAACUGAUGUGUCUCAUAGACGCCAGACUACAAAGGAAGAAGAUGUUAAGCUCCAAAAAGAUAAAAAGAAGGAUGACUUUGGGAUAUCUUUGUCUGGUCUAUUAAACUUUGUAGAUGGGCUUUGGUCGAGCUGCGGAGAAGAAAGGAUUAUAAUUUUCACUACCAAUCACAAGGAGAUGAUCGACCCGGCAUUGAUAAGGCCGGGAAGAAUGGAUGUUCACAUUCUUAUGGACUAUUGCACCCCAUAUGUCUUGAAGAAGCUUGUGGCUAUGUACCUCAAGAUUGAUGACCAUGUUCUAUUUGAUCCCAUUGAGAAGCUUGUCCUUGAGGUGAGUGUAACUCCUGCUGAAGUCGCACAGCAGAUCAUGGCGACUAAGAACGCUGAUAUCGCGGUCAAUGGUCUCCUCGAGUUCCUCGGAAACAAGAAGAUGGAGAAAGGAGAUGGCAAAGUAGAGAAAGAGGGAGAGCUUGAAUAUGCUGACACUAAAGAAGCUUAAACAUAAGUAGACCUCUGCUGCUAUUGAGAAAGUUAUCAUUCUAGUGGAUAUGCAUACUGUAUAUUGAAAAUAAUUAAAAUAUCUAAACAUUUUGUGGUCAUGUUGAAGAACAUUACCUUUUUUCAUAUAUUAUUGUGGCGAAAAUAAAUGGUUUCUAAGUGGAAUUAAUUAGAUUA